CGGAAGUAGGCUGGGUGUAAAACUAUUACACAAAAGAUGUAGCAAAACUGAUCAAAAGGAUCAAAAGAUGUCUAAAAUACGUUUUAGACUUUUGACGUGACUAAGGAAUGGACACGGGGAAACCCGAUAAUCAGGAUGAUGUUACCAAAUUCUGGCGAGAAGAACGGGAAGAGGGAGCAGUGUAUAGUGCUUAUCUGAAGAGAGUGACGUAUAGGUCACAAGCAAGGCUUGAGGAUGAGCAUGACCGUGAGUUUUCCCACUUGAUGUGGGAGACUCAGAAGAUUCGGGUGAUAAAGGCUGGAACCUUGGAGAAACUUGUCGAGAGUUUGGCCACCGUCCGUGGGGAGCUGGACUCCACCUACGUCAACAUAUUCCUGGCAACAUAUCGAACAUUCGCCACAGCUAGACAAGUUCUCGAACUCAUAAUCAAAAGAUACAAAAUCUUGAAGUCCUGUUACAAAGAUGACAAAAGUGAAGUCAAUGAACUACAAUUAAAAACUCUGAGGUCUGUGAUAUCGGUGUGGCUCGACACGUACCCGGAAGAUUUCCACGAAGAUCCCGACUACCCGUGUCUGCAUCUCCUCGAGACGUUUGUCCAGUGUCAUCUCCCAGACAGUGAUCUGGCCGAGCGCGCUCGUCACCGCAUCGAGAGGUUCAAGAAAGAUCAUGCAGGUCGUGAUGGUGAGAUAGAGUUCCGAUUUUCCAUAUGCGAUGAGGUUGAUCAUAUGAUUGAGACAGCAUACCACAAACCGCUGGUAUUCCAGGAGAUCAGUAACAAGCACUUCGCAGAGCAGCUCACAUGUAGAGAUGCUGAACUGUUCCGCAAGGUUGUUCCGCACCACUGUAUUGGCGCGGUGUGGUCACGGCGAGGCAGGUCCGACAGUAAGGAGGGCGCCAGUGUGCUGGCCACGAUCCAGCAGUUCAACAGAGUGUCACUGCGUGUCAUCGCCAUCGUGCUCAAAACGGCAAAGUCGAAGGCUUCACAACGAGCCAAGUUGUUGCAGAAGUGGAUUCUCAUUGCUCAAGAACUCAGAGAGCUAAAGAACUUUUCGUCUCUGAAAGCGAUUAUCUCAGGGCUACAAUCACACCCAGUCUACCGGCUCAGGAGGAUGUGGCAUGCGCUACCCAAAGAGGCUAUGAUACUGUUUGAAGAACUGUCCGAAAUAUUCUCAGGUGAAAACAACCAGAUCAACUCCAGAGAGCUUCUGAUGAAGGAAGCGACAGCGAAGUUUCCCGACCUUGACAGCCAUCACAAGACUCUGAAGAGGAGGAACAUGCUGAAACGACAAUCAUGGAUUGAAAACGGAAUAGUGCAGGGCACCGUCCCGUACCUGGGCACGUUCCUCACAGACCUGAAUAUGAUCGACACGGCUCACCCCGACAUGACGGAGGACGGACUGAUCAACUUCGAGAAACACCGCAAGGAGUUCGAGGUGCUCGCCCAGCUCAAGCUGCUGCAGUCGGCCGCGCAGAUCUACAACAUCAAGACAGACGAAGCUUUCUGGAUCUGGUUUGACUCGGUCCGCGUCUACAGUGAAAGUGAAAGCCACGAGAUGUCAUGUGAAAUAGAACCUCCUGUGGAAGGCUCAGCAAGAAUCAAAAAGAAGUCUGCCAGACUUACUCCACUUGAACUUGCUUUCGCCCAAAGUCUGAGCCUCGGUCAUCGCCCUGCCCGAUUUGAGCCCUCCAAGUUUGCACUGUUUUCCUGUGGCCUCGACAGAAACAGUCUCUCCAGUAUUCCCGACACACUGACGGCAUCCCUAGCAGGACCUUUGAUGUCUCACUCGUCAUCCACAUCAUCAGUAAUUUCCUCCGACAGCGACUGCACCUCUCCGUACCGAUCAUCCGACACGUGCGUCAUCCGCGUCAGUCUGGAGACAAGUCUCAUCGCCAACACACACAUCUACAAGAGCAUAAUGUUGAAGAACACCGACCACACUCACACUACUAUAAAGAAGAUUCUUGAGAAAUACUCGGUCGAGGGUCCCCCCGAGGAUUACUGUUUGCUGCAGAUUCUCCCUGAUGGAGAGUUACUGAUACCACAAGGUGCGAAUGUGUUUUACGCUCUGAACAACUCGGUCGAUGAUCUCAAGUUUGUGGUGCGGAGUAGGGCUGAGCAGGAGUCGCUCAGCAGUCACAAACACCGAGGAAAACGACGGCUCAAGAAACUCAGCCUGUAGUCACUGUGCAAUACGAGUGGUAUUUCAUUGGUCGGAUCUCAUGAAGAGGAAACUGAUGUAAACAACUUGAACUCACUGUGUGCAAUACAAGAUAUAUUAGAUUGAUUAUAUUUCAGUGUGAAGAGGAUGUCUUUGGAAACCAUUUAUUUUCAGUGUGUGCAAUACGAGUGAUAUGUAACAGGUUGUAUCUGACCGUGAAGAGGAAGUUAAUGUCUCAGGAAACUGUGUGUGUUGUAACUGUUUGCAAUGUGACCUGUGUGUGAGGCCGCAUCUCAUAACAAAACAGGAGAUUGUCAUACCGAUUCGAUACACUUUCUCUAAUUAACCGUACUGACUACAAUCAAACAGCGGCAUUCUCAGUCUGAUGUAGUGACUUCUACCGACACAGUUUCUUGGACUUACCACACUCAUUUAAACCAGACAGCGGUGAUUAUACGGUUUUUAUUGUCUUCCACAUUUAUGUGAAACAGGGUUCAAUCAGUGGCUUGCAAGGAAUAAUUGUUGUUUCUGAUUAAAUUUAUCAUACCUGUUCCUUGCUACACAGGGUGAAAUUACAGCUGGCACUUAAUCCUAGUUCAUCUGCUGAAAUCUAUCUUAACGCUAAUGUCUCAUCUUUAACACUUUCUCACGCUUUCUCACACUUUCUCACUUUCAGGGAACAUUUUAGUCAAUAUCGCUACCCAUGUUUCAGAGAUCGCUACCCAUGUUUCAGAGAUUGCUACACAAUUUUAGAACAUUCAACAAUAUUUGCCAAUCAAUUUUCAAUGGACUAGAAAUAUCAAUAAUGAUGAAAACAAAAUGUUUCCUGACUUGAUAUUACUCACGUAUGUUCUACAUCUACAGAGGUGAAAUAACUAGGGUUUUUAAUAAUAACAAUAAUGAUGCAGUCUUGUUUCCAUAUUCUGCAAAGUAAUGUAGAACAUUUAACGAACAGACAUGUUUAAGAUUGUGUAGCCUGAUGCAACUGAUUGAACACACUUUGUAGUAACACUGUGAGGUCUGGCCGUGUUUCAGUAUCGUCUGGUUGAGUCGGGCUUUUAUUAUUAGCUUAAAUUAUUGCUUUGGUAUUCUUUCGCUUUGUAAGACAAUACAAUUGUGGUUACUAUUGCAUACAAUAAGAUUUGGUUUGGAAAGAUUUCAGCAGCUGGCAAUAAAAUAAAUCGCAUCACAGGUGGCUUGAAACCAAUGUGCAGUCAGAUACUGUAAACUAGCCUGGGUGUAAAAACACACACAACAGUUAUAUAUUUAACCCAUCAUUUAUAAUCGUGUAAUUUUUUUAUUAACAUACACAUACCUGUCAAUACUUAUUAGUAAAAAUAUACCUACCUGCAUAUAUGCUAAUAUGUGUGUAAAAAUUAUUUUAUUACAAACCAAUGUUAAAUUUGGAAUUUUUUGUAAGAGUGCUUCCAUCAACUAAUGUAAGUUUUAUUAGGAUUUUGAAUUGUUACAGAAUGUUUAUUUUUUUAUAUGACAGUUGUAUGUCAUCGUCGUACAACUGUGCGGUCGUUAUUGUACAGUACGGUCGAGAAGAUUGUGCAAUGAUUUGAUCACCGAUGUACACAGUGCUAUUAUUACACACACGGUGACAUGCUUAACCAACUGUCAUAAUGUUCAUAGUGUACUCAAUUUGUCAUCGUAAACAAUAUUGUCCAUUCUCUAUACAACCACUUGUAUAUCAAUGCUGUGUGGUACAUGUGUUACACAUGGUAUCACUAUUGUAAUCAUUGCGCACCCAUGCUUUUACCAUUGUAUAACCAUACUGUAACCAUGUUGUUCCCUAACCAUUGUUGAACUAUGUUGUCAUGGUGUUUUAACAAUUGUUUAACUAUGUUGUCAUUGUGUUGAACAAUUGUUUAACGAUGUUGAACUGUGUAGUCAUUGUGUAACCAUUGUUAACUACAUGUAUUCUGUCAUUGAGUAACCAUUGUAUAACUAUGUUGCCAUUGUAUAACAAUAAUGUAAAUUAUUAACUAUAUUGUUUCUGUUUUUACCAUGUCACCAUUGUAUCACUAUUUUGUACUCAUUGUUGAACAAUUGUUCAGUUACUCAUGUCCAUAUUGUUAAUGUGUCCUCCAUGUUUGCUUUGUUCCUUUGUAAGCAUUCAUUGUUUGCUUUUUUCACUCUCUUGUUUUCUGUGCACCCAUUGUUAAUGAAAGAAAUCAAAGUGAAGAAAUUAAAAUGAUUAGUGCAAUAUUUAUAUUACAGCCUGUGUUUAAUGCGUUUUUGUAGGCCCGAUUUCCAUAUGUGCUCAUUUUUGUAUAAUGUAAAUGUAAAAUGUAGGGAAAGAUCUUAAUACAGGCAUCGCCUGUUGGUCCAUGCCUAACGCUAAUACAAACGUUAAUAAAUAUUGUUUAAAAAAACCCCAAGCACUAUGUCUAAGUGUGUGAAGUCUGGCAAAAGAAAGAUACCGGUUUCCACGUAAUUGAGAUAUUUUCAAACACAAAUUAGUCAAAUAGUUUCAUUACAAUGAGCAGAAAAUAAAUGUACAGACACUCUUGCAGGGAAACAUACAUUCUUACUAACAUGUGAAACAGUUGCACAUUGAUCGUUUUUUUGCAUGCCGAAAAAACAUAAAUGGAAACGUACGUGGAAAACGGGCCUUAGAAAAGCCACUAUGCUCAGUGUGUAUAAUUUGUAUACAAAUAUAUCACCACUCUGUACACGAAACACUUGUCAAAGCUAGUUGUUUGAGUUUUAAACAGUGGACAGUGGACUGCUCAAAUGUAGAUUUUAGAUUUUAUAAUUCAUCCUUUAAUGCUGAAACCUUACUAAAACAAGAUAUUGUACAUAUGGUUCAUGCUCAAUUACAAAAAAAAAAUUGUAUUUGCUAAUUCUAGUACAGUACUGUAAGUUUGCAUUUUUCAUCUGCAAAAUAAAACUGUGGUAAAGGCCUAAACAAGAGUGUGAAAUCAAAAUUCUGUUAUUAUGAUUAUUUAUCAUUGUACAGUGUGAUCUGUAUUUGGUAAGUUACUUCAACAGAGAUGUUUUGCUUAUAUAGUGUGACCCAGUGUGCCAUUUUACUCAUUAACAAUACAGUAUUUUUGACUGUUGGUUGGUUGCUUAAUCACAAACUGUACAUUUUUUCUAUUUAUCUGUUUAUAUCUGUUGUCAUGACCUAAACAUUUUGUCACGUUAUUUUUGGUCACAUCAUGUUAUUAUUUCUUUUGUUUUGUUUUGUUUUGUUUUUAUUUUAUUUUAUAGCUGGUGAGAAAGACAUCAUUAAAGAAGUAUAUUUUUUAUAUUUGUUUUUAUAUCUUUCACAUAACCAACGUUUUUCUAAUCAUUUUUCAAAAUAAAUAAUUUUAUAACACCCAGUUCAUUUUCAGCUAGUUUGAUAUUUUAGUGCUUAAGCUUCGUAGUAUUUCAUCUUUCUACCUAUGGCAAAUAAUUUAAGAGAAUGUCAUCUUUACUUUCAAUGAAUAGUUUGGCUUCUGAUUAGUAUAUCCCAAAGAUAAGAUAAAAAAAUAAAGCAUUAAUGUCCAUAUUUUUUUUUAGAUUGUUGGUCUGUGUAAUAUUUUUAGGUUUUAAAAAAAAUAUACUUAUAGAUCUCAACAUUUUAACUUUAUUUGAUUGUGUCAUUACUCUGUGCUUUGAACUAUGUUUUGUUGAAUGUUCUAGUCACGAAUCUGUUUUCAUUGUACAAUAUGUAUUAAUUUGAAAAAGAUAGUGUGUGCGUAACUUGGCCAAAGAUGUUUCAUUCACUUUGACUUGAACAUGUAAGGGCCUUUCAAACAAAAAGCUACUGUGAAAUACAUUUCUGUUGUCUGCUUAUGGUAACAGAUGUACUGCACCAAAACAGUCAUAUUUAAUAGUGCUGAUUUUGUAAAUCAAACAUUUAUUUAUUUAGGUAUUCAAUAGGACUAUAGGCUUCUUUUUCUUUUUUUGUUGAUGUUGCCUUCUACUACAAAAUAGUAUUAUUUAAUAGUGCUUAUUUUGUAAAUCAAAAAUUAAUUAAUUUAUUUUAUUUAUUAGAUCUACAAGCUUCAUUUUUUCUUCUCUUUAUUUUUCCUUCUCUUUUUUCCAUGUAGCCUUCAACUAGGCUUUUGCUGUGCCAAAAUUGAAAAAAAAAAGUAAUAAUAAAUUUGGUACAUGUUUAAUGCAAUGAAAAUGUGUUGACCUUUAACACUGUAUAAACUACUUGCAUUGCUCAUGUUAAUUGUACUAUCAGCAUAUUUAAGAAAUGAAAUAAUUCAUUUUAAAAUAACUGGCAAUCUUUUGUUUUCAUGUAUUUGAUGGUAUUAACCAUGGUGAUUUCAAGUUAAUUUAUAUUUUUAAUCAAAUCUACACAACACAAUUAUAUAAGCAUGCAUAACUUGCACUGAUUGUUUUUGUAAAACAAAACCAGCCUGCUAUAUAGUAAUAGCAUUUAAUUUGAAAAAGAAUCUACCUAUGUCAUAAUAGUACAAUUCUUACGUUUAUAAUACAUCCAAUGUAACCAUUGUUUUACACAAUUCUACAACUAACAAGUUCGUAGGCAUUUGCUGUCUUUCUUAGGAUGGUGAUUUGGCUUUAGCCAUCUUUUACUUAUCUUCAUCAGUGUGUACCACAACACUGACCUAGAGUACUUGAUAAAACAUGUAAUAUUAAAUUUUGACAAGGUCAUGAUGUCAAAUCCUGACUGAUAUGUUUUAUAAAUAAUAAAAUAGAUUUUUGUACUUGUAUUUAUUAUAUGUAAAUUAUUAUUUGACAGGAAUAAAAUAAAUGAUGUCAUUAA